AAACAUAUUUAAGGUGAUAUUCAUACAGCAAAAAAAAAAAGUUCAAAGAUAUAUAGAUAUAUAUCAAAUUAAUAAUUUAGCUAUGGGUCUUAGUCGUCUCAGCAUGCUUGUGGUCAUUGCCACCAUUUUCCUUCCUUCCAUUGCUAUUGCAACUGAAUUUAUUGUUGGGGAUGAUCAAGGAUGGAGACCAGGCUUUGAUUACAAUUCUUGGGCAGCAAGCAAGGUCUUCCAUGUUGGAGACACACUUGAGUUCAAGUAUGGUGUUGGAGAACACAAUGUGUACAAGGUGGAUGGAAGUUCAUUCCAGAGCUGUACGGUACCAACAAACAGUACACCAAUGACAAGUGGAGAUGACCAUAUCUUGUUGGCAACUGAAGGAAAAAAAUGGUACAUUUGUGGUGUAGCUGGUCACUGCUCUGCUGGCCAAAAACUCGUUAUUACAGUUUUGCCAAACUUGUCUCCAGCACCAGCUCCAGCUGGACCAUCACUUUCUGCACCGAGUGCACCUGCACCUGUAGGAUUUGUGCCUGCACCUGCUCCUAUUGAACAGGGUCCAUGGUCCACGAAGAACAAGAAUAAGAGGGCAUUUAAAAGAUUCUUUCAGCAUUAUUGAUUAAUUAAACCUCUUUUUGGGGGAUGGGGGGAUUUCAUUGUUGCUCUGACUUUAAUUUAAAUUUUACUAUAUUGUUAUGCUUGUUUUAAUUUGGUUUAAUUUCCUCAGAAUAAAUUAUUGGUUCUGUUUCAAUAUUCAUAUAUACUGGAAUGUUGUUGUGAUUG